ACUAGUGAGAGGCCGGCUAAUGAUGGGCCCAACUGGUACGAAAUUACGUCAGGUAGAAGCUGAUUAUUCGUGGAUUUGCACAUGUGUGUUUGCAUCACUUUGGUAGGAAUUACUUUGUGAUUGUAUAAACCAGCCUAAUGCAAAAAGUGUGGUCACAUUUUCUGAGACGACAUGGUCACUUCGGCGAUGGAAUCUCGCUUCAUAGAUGAAGUAAGUUUUUAGCGCACUUGAAUGUCGCAUAGCGCACCAAAUAAGAUUUGAAGGGCAAAUGACAAACUUGGGUUUCUGGGUGUAAUGGAUUUGGAGGGACAAUGGAGCGAUCUGCCCGAUCACAUUAUUAUCAACAUCCUGAGUUACUUGUCCUUGGCAGAUCGCUGUUCAGCUGCCCUCACAUGCAAGAGCUGGUCUGAGUGCUUUGAUGACCAAACUCUGUGGCGUAGGUUCACCUUCCACUUCAAGACCGAAGAGGACUCCAACCAACUCCAGUGCCUGGCCAAGCAUGGCCGACAGCUACGAAUGGUGACGAUCUACCUGAACCAGCAGGAGCUGGUGAACCGGCAGAAUGCCUGUGAAGUGCUUACGGGACUUGCCCGCUGUGAUGAACGUCGUCUUGAGGAGAUCAGUGUCACCUUCACAAUGGAAAAUCCCCUGUUCUUCCAGGGUUUAGAGUUUCUAAGCAGCCUGGCAGAGCUCUUUGGUCCACCAGAUCCUCGCGCAAAGAUGGUUGCAACUCUGACCAAGGUGGACCUAAGUGGUCUGUCUGUCACGUACCGAGAUGUCUUGCUGUAUCUACUAGCCGACAACCACCCUACCCUUCAGGAGCUAAACCUUCAAAACACCUCCCUCAUGUGCUUCAUCAGUCCUGAGUGCAUGCACACAGUUGUUAAGAAGUGUCCCAAGAUCAACUCGCUCAGCAUCCACUAUCGGUCGGCAUCAGAGGAACUCUUUACUGAGUUCAGUAGUUCCAUGCGACUUCCUCUUUAUUACCUCUCCUUGGCUUGCAACAGGGAGGAGAAGUACCACAAGGUGAUUCCGGCUGAAUCCUGGACAAGUCUGGUCAGUAGGCAUAAGCGUUUACGGGUCUGCUUGAAGUUUGACCACACCAUCGAGCGACACCGCAUUCUCACCAUCUUGGACCCUCAGAUCCCGUUGGUUGAGCUCCACAUGAGGACCAUGACAGAAUUGCAAGAUGAGGUCUCCACGGUGGCGCGGUAUUAUCACAGCACCUUGGAGUACUUGGCAAUCGUCACGAAGGGUACCGAGGAACUCAAGCGUGCGUUACUGGACGUCGUCAAGCACUCCCAAAGGCUUCAUACUCUCCACUGCUACUGUGCCUUGGAUGAAGAGACCAUCGACAAGAUUCACACACUGCGACCCCAGCUGAAGAAGUACACUCUCAAGACGGCUGAGGAGUUCAACUCUCUUGUCCCGACCCUGACAGAUUUGAAGGAAUGCUUGGAAAGUUUAUCAAGCAAGUGGAUGGCUUCAGGACGAGCAAGGUAUCCGGAACCACCACUAUAGCGUGUGUACAUGGGGCAACCAAUCCAACAAAGAUACAUGUACAUGCAGGAUUGUAGCUUUGCCAGCCAGCACUAGCCGGCCUUCUGAAUCCAAAUCCAAAGCUUGCCCGUCAAACACAUCGUGCUGCAUGACAAGGCAGUUUUCACUGUACUGUAUGUAUACAUACAUGUACAUACAGUAGAUUUACUGGAUUUCAUAUGCUGCUCAUUAAUGCAACUGAUCCCACGCCGCCUGCACCAUCCGGCAUGGUGUUAACAACCCUGCACCAUCUGGCAUGGUGUUAACAACCCUGCACCAUCCGGCAUGGUGUUAGCAACCCUGCACCAUCCGGCAUGGUGUUAGCAGCCCUGCACCAUCCGGCAUGGUAUUAACAACCCUGCACCAUCCGGCAUGGUGUUAACAACCCAGCGUCAUCCGGCACGGUGUUAACAACUCGCAUAUAUGUGUACCAUGCACACAAUUAACCUACAUGUAUGUUAAUACCAGAGGCCAAUUGAACAGAACUGGACCCAAUUUCAUCCAACUAGCUCAGCAGAAUGUAGUACUAAGCAAAGCACAGUCAGAGACCGGUCACAAGAGUGCAUGGCAUAUUAACUUCACUGAUAUCUUAGCAACUUCUUUAGAUGAAAUUGACCCCCUGCUAAGAACAAAUAUUUGCUGCUUUGCAAAGCAAGUUACCAGCCAGAAUGCCAUUCAACAUGCAUUUCUUUUGACUAGUUCCCAGCUAAUUCUUUGCUACGAGUGAUAGCCUGAGUUUGUUGAUAUUUACCCUUUACAAACUGUGGCAACCAGCCUUUGCAACCCUGCACUUUUCAAGAAACUUUGUUUCAGUUUAUGCAGAAGAAGGAACCCCAAAAUGCGAAACUUGUAGGGGUAAACUUUUUUCGAGCAUAAUGAGCAAAGGGACAAAGGACAUGUCCAGAAAUCUGAAAACAGACUGUCUGGUUACUCCCAGUGGAAUGCAAAAAGUUCUUAGAAGUGACCUGUACUUCAAGGGCAAAAAAUGAAGAUUUGUGCGAGACUAAAUGAUACCUAUUUGUACACAGCCCAGUAGAAGGAAUUCUGAAUAUUGUUGAUGUAGAUACUAACAAAUGAUUUGACAAACCACACAGGUUUUUGUUUUGUUUUAGCUUUUAUUUAAAGAGGUCCCUUUCUAAUUUCUCAUUCAAUAUAUUUUAAGCAAAAAUAUUGUCAAGCAAAAAAUUUGCCCCAAAUAAAUCUCUUGCUUGUCAAUCAUUUUCUUGGUAAGCUGCAUGGAUGGGUGAUAAUGCCAGACCUACAUGUAUUUAUAAGAGGCAUAUUAAUGAUGUUUUUUAUAAAACCUUUUUAUAAAUUAUUCUUAGUAAUAUUACAGAAUUAAAUUGCAAGAAACAGAAUUUUAGCCAAACAUUGUUGUUUAAAACAGUUGAAAUAUUUGAAUACUGUGUAUUACUCCACUAGGACAGGAAGUGUCAUGGGAUCGAUUAAUGUGAAAAUAAUAGGAAAAUAAUUUCAUUUAAACAUUUUGAGCCAGAUUACCCUACCAAAACGGAAAAUUGUAUAAUUAGUAGUGGUACUGUACCAUGCUAGUUCCUUCAGAAUGUGGAACUUAAGCAUGGGAAUAAUUCAGAACUAUAUUUGGCUCAAACCGAUCAAAGAAUAACUGUUUUGUCAAAGUCCUGAUGUGAGGAAAAUAAAUGUACAUGUAUCAUAGGCUAAGGAUUAACAGAUAUAUGUAUCUACAUGUACAGUCCAUGCACAUGUGCAUGGUCAAAUGUAUGACUAGCAUUUAAACUCCACUGAUGUGAAUAGAGAGUUUGAAUCCUGCCUGCUAGGCAAUCUUGCAUGUAGCUUUUCAAUUUAUUUAACCAGUGGGCAUUAACCAAAUACAUAUGCAGAUAGAAAUGUUAUAAAAGCACAAAGACCGAUAAUCUGACAAUUUGAAUGAACUUAACAGUAAGGCCUACAGGACCUGCAAUUGUGUCAGUGAUUUUAACUAAUAGAUUUAAUAAUCAAUAGAAAUCAGUCAAACUCCAAAUGAAUUUAAGUUGUAUAAGACCAGGUGGUACAGGUACAUUUCAUUAAAGUGUUUGAAACUAUUUCUGGUGCAUUGAAUGAAAGCGGCUCUUAAUUCCUACCUUCCCAGCCUUGGCAUACUUAGGUGCUGGUUGCUAACACUUAUGUCUUCCAACCUUGACUUCCAAAUAUUUUCAUUGGUACCUGUGGCUUUAAUUUGCUGCUGCAUGUUUCUCAGGCUUCUAAUUGUCUUCCAUUAUCUUCAUGAAUGAUUUUUUUAACGCUGUUAACUUUUGGUCUGGUGGUGCACUUUGAAUUUCAUUUAUUGGCAAGAUGACCUCUCAAAAUCUGCCCUUCACUAUCAAGUCAAAGCAAAAGUGCUGUGCUAUCAUUUGCCCACCGAUGAUUGGUGGUUCAUGCUCUUACUUUAAGUCUAAUUGAGGUGUGGCAGACACUGUAGAGGGCGCUGUUUGGUUUCCCACUUCAAAUAGCGCCCUCCUGCUCGUAGUGUCUCCACCAUACUUCACAAAGGCUAAUGGUUGACAAAUGAGUUCGCCAACAUCAUUGUAAUGCAUGUUACCGGUUGGAAGAGCAAGGUUUAAAAUACAUUUCCACCCUCCCAAACAACUUCCCCUUGCAAUCCAUUUCAAAGCUGAUCAUUAACCUCUUCUUACAUGUAUAUUGUAAACCAGGAACAUUUAUUGCAUAACUCUGGUCACAGUUCAGUGUCAUAACCAAUGACGGUCACUCAGUUGAUGAUCUCUCUCAAUAUGUUAUAAAAGCCGCCAUAUGUGAUAUCAGGUCAUGUCAAAAAUCUGCUUUGUUGAGCUAUGGCUUCUGUUUCCAUUGGCAACAAAUCCCAUCUCCAACAUGGCAUGGAUUAAACAUUCAUGGAAAAUAAUGUGUCUGUUAUCAGUUAAGGACCUUUUUUGCAUUGCAUCAAACAAUCAAACACACACACAUGUUGUGUGUGUUCUGCUUUGUUCAUUGCAUGUGUGCAAUUGGUGUUCAUGUUCAAAGGAAUUUCUUUUUUCGAAAUUGUUAUCGUUUCUUUUCUGAAAUGCAAUACUUUUCUGUUGUUAGGUAUAUAAUUUCUUGAAGUUCAUUAUUGCAAUUUUUAAGUAGACAAAGGUGCCAGAACUAGACCUGUCUUUUUUGUUGUCAUGGUAGCAUUUGAGAACUGAACCCAUCUGUCAACGAUAACUCAUAAAGGUGUUGCUUGUUCAGUGUUAUAACAGCUUGAAUUAGGACUGGAUGUGAAUUUAUGCCAAGUGAUUUUUCCUUUUUGUAUAUUUGGUAAAUGUUUGUAUUUUAUCAUUUAGUUUACCAUUAUUUAAUUGUUAAAAUAAAUAUUUUUUAUUGAAAUUCAGCAACAGUAAAUUAAACAUACAAACAUUAUGUUUGUUUCUAACUGGCAGUUUGGGAUUUUUCAAAGUAUCACAUUGUUUAAAAAAGUUUUAGUUGUCCGUGUUAGCUAAACUAAUAAUACAUAGUGCAAUGAAAAAGUAGCUCUAAACAUCAGUCUUAAGUCAAUGCUUUCCUGAGCACCAGUCUGCUAUACAGAGGCCUAUGCAAAUAAAGCAAUAGCUUUUUAUAAUAAUG